AUAUUGCUCUUGAAUAAUGCGCACUUCACAGAUAAUACACAAUCAGUGCGCGGCAGUAGCGCUAGGCACACCCCACUCUCACACCGCACACAGCCGGCGCGACCCGCCGCCGCCCGCGCGUACUAUCUCCGAGGUCACGAGAGGUCAACACACUACUAAAUAUCGAGUAGCCAAAAAUCACCAGUACAUACUCCAAGCAGCAAAGCGAACAUGUCGUCCGUCGACUACAACAAAGUUCCCAUCGUUGAGAAACCUCUAUACCAGCCUCCAUUACAAGAAGUCGUAGAUGUGCUGUCCAGUGGGCUGACGAGCACGUUCGAGGAGGUGCAGGUGUCGGUGGCGGACUCGCCGGACCUCACGCAGCCGCCCUACAACCUGACGGCGCCAGGAUUAACGGGUAAUGCAAAGCUAGUGGAGAUCGGCGGGCCGCCGUACCUGCUGCCGCUGGUGCAGCGCGACAAGCUGUACGACCUGGCGGCGCUGGCGCGGCAUCUGCGGCGGCCGCGCGCGCUGCUGGCGGGCGCCGGCGCCGGGCCCUGGCCGCACAUCAGCGUCAACUGCGAGGGCAUUAUAAACCUGAGUAUCCGCGACGGUGUGGUGGACCAGGGCACGCGCAUUGUGUCCGUGGAGCCGGUGGGCGCGGCCAAGGGCCAGAGCGGCUACCUGCAGCGCCGCCUGCCCAACAACGAGACCCGCACCGCACUGCUGGGCAACUAUCUGCUCAGCGAAGGCAAGCCUGGCAAGGUGAUCAAAGUAGUUGCCAAGAAACGGAUUGGACCCUUGAACUUCAUCACUGCCAUCAGAGAGACACUCAAGAAUCAUUACGGUGACAAAGUUGUCGGUCUGGGCGGCAUGUUCAUGCUGCAGGCGGGCAAGGUGAAGUUCCACGUGAUGCCGGACUUCUCGGCCACGGCGCUGUGCUCGGACGCGGACGUGGACGCGUGGCUGCACUACUUCGAGAUGAACGCGCCCAUCACCAACGUCGGCACGCUCGUCACCGGCGACCAUGGCCUGGACCUGCGCGUGCAGCACUUCCACGGGUUCAGCGCGCACGGGUCCGGCGGCCACUACCACUACGACACGACGCCCGCCGACGUGCACUACGAGGGAUACUUCGUGGUCGCAGAGUCCGUUAUCCGCGUGGACGCGCCGCAGGAAACGCAUGUCAUCGGCCGCGACUAACGACGCCAAAUGACUGCCAAAUAAUGGAUGACUACAUUAUAUCCAAGCUCAAAAAAGAAGUUAAAUAAUUUUAGUGCCUACAUGUGACAUAACUUUAAUUUUGUAAAUAAAGCAGUACUUAUUU